CACUUAGACUAGCGUUUGAACGGCUGCAAAAAAAUUUCCCUGAAGUCCAGAACACAUUCCUAGGUUAAACGCUCAAAAGGGGUGUUUUAAAGGAGGCUGUUUGUAUUCGGACUGCCAGAGAAGGCGUUGCCACCUCGCUUCAGACAGAGGAUUUCCGCUGGUUUCUUUCUGUCAUUUCAUCUGUUUUGCACUCUGCCCCUUGGUCUGUCGCGGCGCCCCCGUUUUCCUGAAACCAACCACUUAGAGCCAAUCAAGAAGUAAAGAAGAGAAAAAACGCCCGCCCGCUCCCAAUUUCCUUUGCUCCGCUGCCUGCCAACCGCAGAGCGGACAGAGCUCGAGCUGCUGUCAUCUCUAACCCAGCUCAGCUGAUCGGUUGCUGCCGCCGCCGCCGCCAGAUUCCAGAAGCGAAGAACAAGAAGCUGCGAGACGAGCCAUGGACGUGAGUAUCGCCCCUCUCCGCGCCUGGGACGAUUUCUUCCCGGGCUCUGACCGCUUCGCUCGGCCGGACUUCAGGGACAUUUCCAAAUGGAACAACCGCGUGGUGAGCAACCUGCUCUAUUAUCAGACCAACUACCUGGUGGUGGCUGCCAUGAUGAUUUCCAUUGUAGGGUUCCUGAGCCCCUUCAACAUGAUCCUUGGAGGAAUUGUGGUGGUGCUGGUGUUCACAGGGUUUGUGUGGGCAGCCCACAAUAAAGACAUCCUCCGCCGGAUGAAGAAGCAGUACCCCACGACAUUUGUCAUGGUGGUCAUGGUGGCUAGCUAUUUCCUCAUAUCCAUGUUUGGGGGAGUCAUGGUCUUUGUGUUUGGCAUCACUUUUCCUUUGUUGCUGAUGUUUAUCCAUGCAUCGCUGAGACUUCGGAAUCUCAAGAACAAGCUGGAGAAUAAAAUGGAGGGAAUAGGUUUGAAGAGGACGCCAAUGGGCAUUGUCCUGGAUGCCCUAGAACAGCAGGAAGAAAGCUUCAACAAACUCACUGACUAUAUCAGUAAAGUGAAGGAAUAAAUAGAGCUGACCUGGUGAUAGGGUUGCAGCAGAAAUCGAGUUGAAGUUGCAGUUUGCCUUUGUCCAGACCUACUUUCCAUUUGUAUUUUUGAAAUAGGAGGUGCACGUACCAUCCAACUAUCUAUGGCGGCAUGCACGUAUAGGCCAAACUGUUAACAUCUCUGAUGUUACAGGGAGAAGACCUCAGAAACUGAAAGAAACCACCCUCCUAUUAUGUCUGAAGUUUCAAGUGUGUUUAUGAAAACUGAUAGGAAAUGGAUCACACUUAUUUCUUUAGGAGAAUAAAAGAAAAUAAAAGAAUUAUGGCUUGUACAGCAACAAUACUGUUAUAGGAAAAAAUGUAAUUAUAAAGUAUCAAGGCAAUAUGAGUAAAUGAAAAGACUGUUAGUAAGUAGAUGAUGUCACAUAUUAGCCUGUUUUAAUCCCCCCAGCAUCCUCCUCCAAAAAUAUUCCCUAGGAUUAUAAUAUGGGGGGUAUAAAUUAGUUUGGCUUUUAUUGUUGUUCUUUUAAAAUCAAAGAUGAUCUCUAUCACUUUGCCGCCUGUUUGAUGUGCAGUGGAAACUGGAUAAACCAGUUGUUUAUAUUUUGUUUACAAAUAUAAAGAUAGCUGUUUAGGAGAAUAUUUUGUCAAUUUUUUGUAAAUUCUUGCAAUGCUAGUGGUGUGUUUUUACUAGUAGGUAUUUGUUGCAAACUAAAUGUCAUCUUCUUUAAGGAGGUUACAGCUAUGUAACCUGUAUUAUUUUUGACAGUCUUGUUAAAAAACAAAAAACCAAAAUAAAACAAAACUUGAGUUCUGUUUAUAUUGUACAUUUUUUGUUGUUGUAAUGAGAAAAAUGUGUCCAAGGUAAUGUUUCCCAGGUGUUUUUCAUUGUUUAGUUUUUGACUGGAACAUUUAGAAAGAAGUAAAUGAAUGUGUGUUCUAUUAAUUCCUUAGGGGCACAAAGAGGACAAUGAUGGCUCGUCUUUUGAAAUCUAAACAGCAUCUUUAGAUGACCAAGUAAAAAGACUUUUAAAAUAGGAAUGAAAAUGGGAGUGAUCACUGGCUUGUGCAGUUCAUAAAAAUUUUAGAUAGCAAUUGUUACAACCACAUGUUUUUAUAGACAUUAGAAUUAAGAUAGAUAGCAUGAGUUUAUAUAUUCUAUUACUUUCUUCCUUCUAUUUCCCAUGUGUUUAGAAAUAGGUUAUACAACAUGUUUUGCUUGCCAUUUGAGUGAUUUCAUAGAUGAAUAGAAAACGUGUAGGUUUCCCUAACCUUGAAUUACGGAGACAAUUGGAGCAGUACUCACUGAAGAGACUCUCUGUAGGUCCUAGAAUAAGAAGCAACAGCAUAUGCUGCUCCUGAUUUUUCUUGCAUUUGAAUUUCUCAGCCAGCCUGCAGCCUUUAUCUCUAGCACAGUGAUAUCACCGUGACUUCACAGACAUGGUCUAGAAUUUGUACCCUUACCCAAAUAUGAAGAAUAAAAUUUAUCAAAGGUU